AUCGCACGCGAAGUGAAUAAUUGAGCCAGCAUCCGUAUUGUGCUUGGUUUUCCAAGCGUCGCAAACCUUGUUGGUGGAUCCACGAGGAAUAUCCGGAGUUUAAAAGAACCUGUGUGCCGUGCUGCUAAACGGAGGUCGUGUCGGAUGUUUGCGUAUGGAGCGCGGCUCCAACAGAUCGAAGCGGACUGACUCCAGUCGUCGGAUCAGCGAGGCCUCGAGACAGCCGGGUCCCAGCGAAUGGGAGCCGAGCCGGCACCGCGACCGCGACAGGAUGCGAAAUAUCGACUCCCACAGCAGCUCAUUGGGGGAUGGGAGAAGGGGCAGCCGCACAGCGCCGUCGACUCCAGAGCCUCGGCGGCGAGCCGAUGACCCGGCGCGGUCACACUCCAUCGACCGGCCUGCUCCGCGCCGCCAGGAGGGGGCGCGUCACUCGAGUCCCUCCCAGACCAGACGACACAACCGGCAGGACGCGGACCGCUACGAGAAGAGGAGUCGCGCUCGAGACGAACGCUCGGGGGGCGACUCCAGCCGAUCCCACAGACCAGCCGGUCGCGAGCACAGAGAGGGCGAACAGGAGUUUAAAGAGCACCAGCUUGGCGUGUACCAGAAGGCUCUGAAGGAGCAGAUCGUGCAGUCAGACCACCUGAUCAAGGCCAUCUACCGCUUCUCGGACUGCAUUGACAUGACCGAGAAGGCCAUGCGAAACCUGCAUGACGUCAUGGGCGACUACUGGGAGGACGACUGGCCCAGUUCAGAGAAGUACUACGUCACUCUACAGGAUCAAGAAGAACUGUGGGACCGUUAUGAACAGUCCAUGAGAAAACUGCUGGAUCCCAUCAGGGAGUAUGAAGAUCAAUUCGAGGGUGCCGAAGAUAAAAUCGAGGAAUACCAAUCAGUUCGUCGACAGUUUUCACAGGCAUGCGCGGCGCUGGAGGACCUGCGUCACCGCCGCGCCGCCGGACACGACAUCACGUUCGCCGAGUCGGACCGCGACCGCAUCGGCAAGCGGUAUGAAGAGCUGGUCUCCUUCCUCGGCCACGGCCUGCCCAAGAUCAUUGCCAGCCGCAUACCGUUCAUGGAGAAACUCUUCUACCAGCUGAGCAACAACCUGCUGCAGUUUUGCCUGGAGACGUGCAAAGUGCAGUCCAAGUCGUGCCAGAUCCUGUCGAAGCUGCGCAGUUAUGACCUGGCUGUGACGCUGGUUGACGGGCGCAGUCGCACCACCAUCCGCGCUCCGGCGAGAGAAGCGCCUGGCAUUCUGCGAGGGAAACCCUCCGGCACCACGCACGGAGGGUUCAAGUUCACCGAGUCGCCGGAAGUGACGCGCACGAUCGAGCUAGUGCGGCUGGGGGACGCCGAGCUGCCGAACGAGGCUCUGCUGGAGGAGAUCCUGGACGCGGGCGGCUCGGCAUCUGGCCGGCGGGCCCCCACCCAGGCCCAGUCUGCUGCCUUCGGCCCGGUGACGCGUCCCAAGAGUCACUGGGGCAAGAAGUGACGCGGUCGCUCAGCGGUGGUGGCGGCCCCUGCGGUGUCUGGUGACCCAGCCGCCUGGCGCCCCGGGGGGAGGAGGGUCUUUCUCACAGCGGUGGGGGUCUCGUCUCGUCGCACAGGCCCCGUCUGUGUCGUGGGGUGUGACGCAUCUAAGCGUCAAGACGAAAGCUCCCCAGCGCAUGAACAUGAAGUGGCCUGGUCUGAAGCCUGAUAGAGCGUGUACAGCCCGGUGUAAUAGGAAACACGGUCAAUAACCAGCGGCCGUGAAAAAAGGUGUAGCGUUAGGCCCUUGUUUUGGGCUGGGACACUAACUCUGGUCAACCAGCUAUCUUUGACAAAACAGAAAAGACCACGGAUGCCCGUGACAUCGUCAUACACUGAUGUGGAAUGGAAAUAAACGAAU